UACCUGCGAUUGAAAAUAGAAAGUACGGGUAUAAGAAGUCUUCGAGGCACAUAAAAAUGCUUCAAGGCCGACUACGGAGUUCACUUGUUGACUCUUCCCCGCGUUGUGGAGAGGAGAAUCGCGAUGUGACUCAAAGAUCACAUCCCGCUGUCACAUGAUUUCGUGAUAGAUGACCCGAGGGGCUAAUGGAUGUGACCCAAUUCAACAUCUUGCAUACCUAGGCGGAGCAACUUGCGCUUCUGGCGUCGCACCACAGAAAUAAUGCAAGCUGGAACCGCGCAUUAUGGGGACAAACUAGCUUGCAUUGUGACGGUUGCUGUGGCCAAGAGGCCCAUUUCCUUUGUCUCCUGAUUCUAUGACCUUGGCGGGGUAAGUGUUCAAAUUUAUGAGCAACAUAAAUUCGAAAUGUCCAACCAGAUUCUCGGGGGUAAGUAGAUGUAGUGGUGUUAGGAGUGGUUGUUGCUCUGAGCCUGGCAUCCGCUAAAUUUUGGCGACGUGGGAUUGUGGCGAGGCUGUGGUCAGCAUACUCAACGACAAUUCCUUAUCAUCAUGAGAUCUUCGCCGCCCUUCAGCUCUGGUCGACAAGAUUCCCACCCGUCCACCGGGGCCAGUCCUGGAAGUUUGAUAGACAAGAAGCUAUCGCGACAGCCGCGUCACGAUGCGCCUUCUUCAUUCGCGAACGCUUGAAUUACAGGAAUUUUUCGAGAAUGCCACUCCAUCGUAUGCGAUCCUCUCCCAUACUUGGGAGCAGGAGGAAGUAACAUAUCAAGACAUGCAAGGCUCAGAUGCUCAGAAGAAAGCCGGAUAUAGCAAGAUCAAGAACUGUUGUGAGCAAGCUACUCGAGACGGAUACGACUUUGUCUGGAGUGACACGUGCUGCAUCGACAAGACUAGCAGCGCCGAAUUGUCAGAGGCUAUCAACUCGAUGUAUCAGUGGUAUAAGAAUGCUAAAAUCUGCUACGCAUACCUUUCAGAUGUCCAGCCACACGCCCACCCCACAGCUUCGCACAAGGUUCUCGAGGACCUUGAAGGAACGAAUUUCGACAAGAGCAGGUGGUUCAUGAGAGGCUGGACGCUUCAGGAGUUGAUAGCACCUGAAAAGGUGGAAUUCUACGCCAAAGAUUGGACGCAUUUUGGGACGAAAGCAGAUUUGAACUCGAUUCUCUCUUCCGUCACUGGCAUUGAUGAGGCUACGUUGACAGGCCGCGAGAUGCGAGAAAUCAGCAUUGCCAAGCGGAUGUCCUGGGCCUCAAAAAGGGUCACGACUAGGACUGAAGACAUUGCGUAUUGUCUCGUCGGCAUCUUUGGCGUCAACCUGCCGCUACUCUACGGGGAAGGAGAAAGAGCAUUCGUCAGACUUCAGGAGGAAAUCAUGAAAAGCUCCGACGACCAGUCCCUAUUUGCGUGGGGUCUGACCAUGGAGGAAUUCGAACGGGACUUCCCCAGCGGCGAUGAUCCCCUCACCAAUACUGGUCCUUCCACUCUACGAGGAUUCCUAGCCCGCUCACCUGCUGCGUUUGCGAAUUCUGGAAAGGUCAUUCCGUACCGGAAUUGGGACGUCAGCAUGCCAUAUUCGAUGACUAACCAGGGCUUGCGCAUGGAGCUUCCCGUGAUACAGUAUGAGGGGUGUAAAGAGUACACUGGUAUACUUGCAUGUCAUUUCGAGGACAACUUCCUGGGACCCCUAGGUAUCUAUAUCCAGCCGGUAGCAUCGCCCAACGGAGACCAGUUUGCGAGGGAUGUGUCUCAUCUGAACCCGGUGAUUGUUGUACCGCAACACGUGGCUCUCGCCCAGGUCAGAACCAUUUAUAUCAGACAGGAAGUAUUGCUCCCCACCACUCGUGAUUUCGAUCGGAGAAAUCACUUCCUCAUCAGGACCAUGCCAGACCAGCAGCCAUACCAGGAGUACACUCUGCAUGAGGUUCAUCCCGCCCAGUAUUGGCACGAAUCCCAGAAAAUCAUCCGGGCGCCGGAAGGGUCGGACAGAACAGCAGUAUUACUGUUCAAACUCGGUCCAAAAGGAAGCACAGAUGUACAGCCUGAAUUUGCAGUCAUUGUCAGAUCAAGUAUCUUGCCGGGAGGAACGGACGGCGAUGCCUAUAGUUGCUCGUGCGGCAUUGUUGUCAAGCCUCCCAUCAAACCAGAGGAUGGGAGCGUGUUCGAUACACUGGACACUUACAUUAAAGAAACGCAUGAGCACACUUAUGCGCGCCAGGAUUUGAAUCCCAAUGAUCGAACCAACACGGAAAGAGAGUCCGCUAUCGUAAGUAUUGGUAGAGAGAUUUUCAUGGGUCAGGCCAUGUUUGUGGUUGAUAUCGGAGUAACGUCCACGCGUUACAAGAGGGUUCCUUUCUUUGCACAAUCUUGAUAAUACUAGUAGAGCGGAUCAUAGUUUAGUUUCCCUCCAUAGAUAAUAGGUUAGUUAGCAUUACUAUUUUACUUGAAUAGUAUUGUAUUUACAAUUGAACAACAAGCUUAUAAAUAGAUGCUUUUACUUACCACUUA